UGGAUUCAAAUAAAAUUGAAUGACAUUCAAUGUAAAUGAAUAUUGGUGAUGUUUUUUUUUGAAAAUUAUAUUAUAUGACGCUUUGACGUUUAUAAUCCUUAACAUCCGCCAAUGAAAAAAAAAAAUUCAUUCCAGUAAUGAACAACAUUAUCGAUAGUGUGUGCAUAUUCAUUUCAUAAUUCGAUUGUAUAUAUCCAUUGGUUUAUGUUGUGGAUUUUAUAUUCGAAUUUUGUAAUCAAAUUUCAUUUCAAAGUAUUAAUUAAUUAAUGUAAUCAUUAUUCGCUUGUCAUUUGUGAUUUAUGAUCAUGGCCGACCAUCAUCGAAAUGAUGAUGUGAAUAAUAUUUCAAGGGAUUCCAAUGACGAUUGCUCAUCUUCAUUGUCAGCUGCUAGAGAAGAUUUUAAUAAUGGAGAUGAUGAAGAAGAAGAAGAAGAUGAUGAUGAUAUCGUACUCAUGGAGAUUGGAAACAAAACAGAAUCUUCCAUAGAAACGCCGACAACAACAAAGCAUCACGAUCAAGCAAUUGAAUUGAAUUGCAAUCAUAUUCUAGAAUCUUAUGAUACAGAUCUCGGUAAUCAAGAUCAUGUAAGAUAUACGUUGAAUUCGAAUGUCGUAAGAAUGAAAAAAGCUCGCCAAGAAGUGGAAAUGGAACCGUUUCCACAUGAUAUUGUAUUUGAUCGAAAUAAAAUUGAUACAAUAGCUUUGGCUCGAGUAAUGAUAACCGAACUUGGCCGUUACAAAAUUCCACGAUCAGCAUUUGCCGAUCAUAUACUUCAUUGUUCACGAUAUACUUUGUCAAGAGCUUUGAAAGAUCCACGGCCAUGGAGUGAAAUGACCAAGGCAAAUUUUGAUUCAACAAAAGCACUUUAUGUACAGAUUAAAAAAUGGUUACAAAAACCGCUCAUUGAACGGCGACGAGAAUAUAUUGCUGUCAAAGCUUUGCUAUUGGAAAAUAUAUCCGAAUCGAAUGAUGUGACACCAGCCACAAAGCGCUCUACAGAUUCAUCAAAUCGCGAUUCGAAUGAUACCAGUUUUACUGCCACAACUUAUACUCCGUUCGCUGUAAUCAUACAGAAAUGUUGGAGAGGAUAUAAGGUUCGAAAACGAUUAGAUUGUGAAACGCCAUCAUUCAGGAUCAUACGACAACGUUUACGAUUCAUCGAACAAGAUCGUAUGCGUCAAUAUCGGAAUAAUGGUGGCGAUCCGGAUAUUACCCGUCAAUUUUUACAAAUAUCACGCACAAUAGAACAGAUACUUAGGCGAGAUACACACAGAAAAACGUUUGAAUCAAUACAACUUAAAAUGCAAGAGGUACAGAAAUUAUCGCUGAAAAUUUUCGAAAUACUAAAUCAGCACAAACUCGAUAAACGUGAUGGACAAAUAGCCAAAAUAAAAAUCGAACAUGAACAACGAUUACAGAAUCUACAGCAAGAAUAUUGUCAACAAAUUGAACAGAUUCAAAAACAAUUAAGAGAAAGUCAAGAACAGAAUAUACAAAUUGUACAAAAUGAACAUCCAGCCAAUUAUAUUCAGACACAAUCAACAACGAUACAACCGACACAAUUCUAUCAUAUUAAUUAUGAACCAUAUCGGUAUUAAAAUUUUUUAAACAUUUUUAA